AUGCCAUCAAAGAUUGUAAUAAGAAGAUCAUACAGGUGAGCAUUCGUUUCUGAAGGGUAAUUGCGAAUUCGCACCAGAUUUGCAGAUUAAAAGACAAACCAGCACCGAAAUACGACUAUCAGGAUUAUCUGAAAGUGGCAAUUCUCACUGCGAUCAAUUCUUCUCCACCGACAACAAUGCAGAAAAUACGAAAAGUUCGUAAGCAAGCCCGAGAAAAUCAAUUGAACGGAGACGAUGCGAAUUAAAUUAAAUCGAUUUCAGCAAAAGAAAGGAGAGGUGAUCGAUAAUCUCGGGAUCAAUGCGAAGAGAAAAACGCGGUCUGAAACGAAUAAGAAGUACGAUGACAUCUUCACCGCCGUCGUCGCCAACGCCUUCUUAAUGGACGUGAAAAAGACCCCUGCUCAGUACUUUGUAAGUUUGAAACGAACAAAAAAGAUACGAAAAUAGAACAGUUUAAGGCAGAAAAGCGAAUGGCACAGAAGCGGAAAGGAGAAUUCGUGGAACUUAUCGGACCAGGCCCAGAAGAAAAAGACGACGAAGAUGAAGAAGAUGAAGACGUGAUAGUGGUGGUGGAGAAAAAAGCGAAAGUUCGUGAGGUGUCGGAAGUGAAAGAGGAACCACGAGAGUUUGUGGAGAGUUUAGAGGUGGAAGUCUUGACGCAGGAGUCGUUCGAAUGUGCUUGUGGACAACGUUUCGGGCAACAUUCAGACUGUCACAGACACAUUUACGAAGAGGUAAGUAAUUCGAGUGAACAAUUGUUUUAAAUUGAUGUAAACCCUCUCUGAUGGCGCAAAAGUGAAUUCCUUAUCAGAAAGCAAUCAAAGCAGUCAAUGAGCCUUCCAUUCACAUUUUUUUGUAGCACGGUGAUAAUGAACUGAACGCAGAGUGCAGGCAAUGUGGAAAACGUCUUGAUGAUAUCCGAACCAGUAAUGUCUGCCAGUGAGUUUUUUCAUUCCACUUUCAUCAAAAAUGUUUCAACUGCAGAGUAUGCGGAGAAUUCUCGGAUAACCUCGACGAUCACAUAGCCUCGCACUACCGCAAUUGUACUGCGAGAUCGGCUGUGAUGGAGUGCCGUUUCUGUACGAAACAAUUCAUGAGUAACACUUGAGAAGUUGUUAUUUCCAUUAUUGUUUCAUUUCAGCCGUGAAACAAGUGAUGGAGCACGAACAGCAGAAGCACAUUCAGAAGCAGGUCAAAAAGGCGAAACCUUGCUACAAGUGCAACGAAUGCUCCGUGGAGUGCCAGACUCAAGAGGGACUCGCUAUGCAUUACUCCCGGCACAUGGAUAUCCACCUUCUUUGCGCUCGAAUCGCCGAGCUGCAAUAUAAAGUUCAAGGUGAACCACUUUAUUUACAAAAACGAAUUCCUGAAAUAUUAUAUUUUCCAGCCGAAAAGGAAGAGUGUCCGUUCUGCAGAGUGCACGUUUCCUCGCGGAAGACAUUCCGCGUUCACAUGCUCAAACAGCAUUACGCCGCCUGCAAAUCUCUCGUUCUGAUGAACUUCCUACCUCCAGAUCAACCAAAUCCUCUGAAUUUUAUGGAAGUUAAAAGGGAGGUCGAAGAAAUGACGGCGAACGCAGCGGCCACGUCGGAUAAGAUGCCACGUGCCAUCAAGCAAGAAGUGAAGGAAGAAGUGCACGACGACGAAUAUCCAUCCUUCUAA